AUGGCUGAAGAGAAGUCGGUCGGCGCUCCUGCGCUCGACACCAACAUCGAGACUGGCGGCUUCGAUGAGAAGCGAGGACAAGCUCCCCCCACCCACGCCCACAAGGCUCCUGUUGCCGAAGAUGAGGAGCCCGACGAGGACAUGGAUGCCCUGAUCGAGGACCUCGAGUCCCAGGACGGUCAUGAGGUCGAUGAAGAAGAAGAGACUCAACCCGGCGGUGGCCGUGUCGUUCCUGAGGAUCAGCUCCAAACCGACUCUCGUGUCGGUCUCACUGAGGCUGAGGUUAUCGCCCGUCGACGCAAGUGGGGGCUCAAUGCGAUGAAAGAAGAGCAGGAGAACAUGAUCCUGAAGUUUCUGAUGUUCUUUGUUGGACCUAUCCAGUUUGUGAUGGAAGCCGCUGCUGUUCUUGCUGCUGGUCUCGAGGACUGGAUUGAUUUCGGUGUGAUUUGCGCCCUGCUCCUGCUCAACGCGUGUGAGUAUCAAGCUGGUAGUAUAGUGGAAGAGCUAAAGAAGACCCUUGCUCUCAAGGCUGUUGUCCUCCGUGACGGUACCCUGAAGGAGAUCGAGGCCCCUGAGGUCGUUCCCGGUGAUAUUCUCCAGGUUGAGGAGGGUACCAUCAUUCCCGCCGAUGGUCGUUUCGUUACAGAGGGAUGCUUCUGCCAGGUCGAUCAGUCCGCCAUCACUGGAGAGUCUCUCGCCGUCGACAAGCACCAUGGUGACAACUGUUACGCUUCGUCCGCUGUCAAGCGUGGUGAGGCUUUCGUUAUCGUUACCGCUACUGGUGACAACACCUUCGUUGGUCGUGCUGCUGCUCUUGUUUCUCAGUCCGCUGGUGGAACUGGUCACUUCACUGAGGUUCUUAACGGCAUUGGUACGAUCCUUCUGGUUCUUGUCGUCGCUACGCUUCUCGUUGUCUGGGUUUCAUCCUUCUACCGCUCUAACACAAUUGUCGACAUCCUCCGAUUCACUCUCGCCAUCACCAUCGUUGGUGUCCCCGUCGGUCUUCCCGCUGUCGUUACCACCACCAUGGCUGUCGGUGCCGCCUACCUCGCUAAGAAGCAGGCUAUCGUCCAGAAGCUGUCCGCCAUUGAGUCCCUUGCUGGUGUCGAGAUCCUUUGCUCUGACAAGACUGGUACUCUGACCAAGAACAAGCUCUCUCUUGCUGAGCCUUUCUGUGUUCCCGGAGUUGAGCCUGAUGAUCUGAUGCUUACUGCUUGUUUGGCUGCUUCCCGCAAGAAGAAGGGUAUCGAUGCCAUCGACAAGGCUUUCCUCAAGGCCCUCAAGUUCUACCCUCGCGCCAAGGGUGUUCUGUCCAAGUACAAGGUCCUUGAUUUCCACCCCUUCGAUCCCGUCUCCAAGAAGGUCCAGGCUGUUGUCGAGUCCCCUCAAGGCGAGCGUAUUAUCUGUGUCAAGGGUGCCCCACUUUUCGUCCUCAAGACUGUCGAGGAAGAUCACCCCAUCCCUGAAGAGAUCGAUUCUGCCUACAAAAAUUGCGUAGCAGAAUUCGCAACCCGUGGCUUCCGAUCUCUUGGUGUUGCUCGCAAGCGAGGUGAGGGUGCUUGGGAGAUUCUCGGAAUCAUGCCUUGCUCUGACCCUCCUCGUCAUGACACCGCCCGUACUAUCAAUGAAGCCAAGCGCCUCGGUCUCUCCAUCAAGAUGCUUACCGGUGAUGCCGUCGGUAUUGCCCGUGAGACUUCCCGUCAGCUCGGUCUCGGUACCAACGUCUACAACGCUGAGCGUCUUGGUCUUGGUGGCGGUGGUGACAUGCCUGGUUCUGAGGUUUACGAUUUCGUUGAGGCUGCCGAUGGUUUUGCUGAGGUUUUCCCCCAGCACAAGUACAAUGUCGUCGAGAUUCUCCAGCAGCGUGGUUACCUCGUUGCCAUGACUGGUGACGGUGUCAACGACGCUCCCUCUCUGAAGAAGGCUGAUACUGGUAUUGCUGUUGAGGGUGCCUCUGACGCCGCUCGUUCCGCCUCCGAUAUUGUUUUCCUCGCUCCUGGUCUCGGUGCCAUCAUCGAUGCUCUUAAGACUUCGCGUCAAAUCUUCCAUCGCAUGUACGCGUACGUUGUUUACCGUAUCGCUCUUUCCCUGCACAUGGAGAUCUUCCUCGGUCUCUGGAUUGCUAUCCUGAACCGAUCUCUCAACAUUGAGCUUGUCGUCUUCAUUGCCAUUUUCGCUGAUAUUGCUACCCUUGCCAUUGCUUACGACAACGCUCCCUUUUCUCAGACUCCUGUCAAGUGGAACCUUCCUAAGCUCUGGGGAAUGUCCGUUCUCCUCGGUAUUGUUCUUGCUGUCGGUACCUGGAUUGCCCUGACCACCAUGUACGCCAACUCUGAGGAUGGCGGUAUCGUCCAGAACUUUGGUAAGAUCGAUGAGGUUCUCUUCCUCGAGAUCUCUCUUACUGAGAACUGGCUGAUCUUCAUCACCCGUGCCAACGGUCCUUUCUGGUCUUCUAUCCCCUCUUGGCAGUUGUCUGGCGCCAUUCUGAUCGUCGAUAUCCUUGCCACUCUCUUCUGUAUCUUCGGUUGGUUCGUUGGAGGCCAGACCAGCAUUGUCGCUGUUGUCCGUAUCUGGAUUUUCUCCUUCGGUGUCUUCUGCAUCAUGGGUGGUCUCUACUACUUCAUGCAGGGCAGCACCGGUUUCGACAACCUGAUGCACGGCAAGUCCCCCAAGCAGAACCAGAAGCAGCGAUCCCUCGAGGACUUCGUUGUCUCUCUUCAGCGCGUGUCAACUCAGCACGAGAAGUCUCAGUAA